AUGGUAACUACCACCAAACCCAUAACAUCAUCAGGUCGCUACACGUGUAGAAUUUGCAAUUACCGAGCCACUACAUCAUCUAACCUUCGACGUCAUUCGCGCAUACACGCUGGAUCCCGGCCCUACCUCUGUCCGCACUGUGACUAUCGAACGAGCGAACUCGACUCCUUACGAAAACACGUAAUUGACAGUCGUCGGCAUUGUGAUCUUCCACUCUACAUCUGUCCGUGGUGUUGUCCCUCGGGAAUUUCUUCUAAUCUCAGGACUUCUAGUGAGCCGCUAGUAGGUUUCAAUGCAUCAGAUCUGGCCUGGCGUCAUCUGCAAACUGCACAUGCCGAGGAACUCACGCGUUCCGAGGUUCUUUUGCGAGCUGGCCGAUUGCCUAAUGAAAAAUUAUGCGAGGUGAUGCUCCUGCAGAUUUUGUUUAAAUGUUGUCCCCAACCUUUAUUCCCAUCUUAA